GAAAUUAACGGGAAAAAAAGAGAAGAAUCUUAAAUGCGCGAAAAAUGUGCGACUGUCCCGAGGACAAGGAGGAUGGCGAGAAAAAAGUGGAAACGGUGAUGCUUUUCAAAAAGUGUCAAAAACCUUACCGCACCACCAAAGACAUCGUCAAACCGUCCAGUUAUGACACGGUCUCGGACAAAGAUCUUUGGACACCCGCCGAUUCCUCCCAAUCCACCUUCAGAUACACCUGCGAUUCGCCUAAAGGAUCCCAGUUCACCAGCUCCUUCACCAGCUCCUCCAAAAUAUACAAAUUCGUCACAUCUCGAGGCUACGAAUACUUGGGGGAGGGGGAGGAGGAAUGGCGUCCCCCGUUCGACUACCAGCCCUGCAUCGAGGACGAGGAGAUGACGGAGGAGGAGAGGGCGGACAUCGAGUGCACGUUGAUGAUCAUCAAGCCGGAAGCGUUGGUGUACAGGGAGGAGAUCGAGAGGCGGGUGCGCGAGGAGGGUUUCCAAAUUUUUCAAACCCGUUGGCUCCAACUCACCCCGGAACAGGUGUCCGAAUUUUAUUCCGACAAAUACGGCCAGCUGAACUUCGCCUAUCUGGUCGCCUACAUGGCCUCGGGCCCCAUAGUUGUCCACGUUCUGGGAAAGAAGAACGCUAUCCACGAGUGGAAAUUGCUCAUGGGUCCGACAAAGGUGGGGGAGGCGCGUCUGUAUUAUCCCGAUAGUAUAAGGGCAAGGUACGGGAGGAGAGGCGAUGACUUUAAGAACGCCGUUCACGGAAGCGAUACUCGGGAAUGUGCCGAGAAAGAGAUACACUUUUUCUUCCCAGAUUUCAUAGUAGAGCCUCUGUUGAAGGACGAAAUGGCGGAGGAUUAUUUAUGGGAAGUGCUCAAUCCUAUACUCGUGGAAGCUCUAUCUAUGCUUUCUGCGCGUCAAUUCCAUUCGUCGGUUGACACCUGUAUCAAUUGGACCUUGGAAGAAGAGUAUAUCGAUCUACUAGGAUUUCUGGAUCGAUGCAAAUUGCGCCUGAUACGCAGAUAUUAAUCUACCGUAUUAUAAUUACAUUAACGUGUUUCAUCUU